AUCAGUCCCGGGCACAAGUGACCUUCCUAGAUCAUUUACCUAUUACUAUGUAUUUUACAUCUACAUCAUCUUCUACAUUACAGGUAAUGGUUCUUUAAAAACAGUUUUUUAGGACUUUAGGAAUUUGUUGUAAGGAAUGCCCCCACCCCCACCAGUUGAAAUGGAAAAAAAAGAGGUGGGGAGGUAAUGUGAAGCAGGUUACUGAUGUCUGCUUAGAUAGUCUGCGGCUGGCAGUGUUCAGUGUCUGGAGUCACAGAGCAGCCAUGUACCGCUUACUGCUGGGGCUUUUCUUCUGUGUAUUUCUUGGGCUGGUUGGGGGAAACCGAAAGAUGCCCAAACUUGCGGACAGGAAGCUGUGUGCAGACGAGGAAUGUAGCCAUCCAAUUUCUAUAGCAGUGUCGCUCUCUGACUACACUCCCCCCGACUGCCGCUUCAUCCCCAUCAGGCGCGGACAAACUCUGUAUGUCUUCUCCAAGUUAAAGGGCCGUGGACGUCUGUUUUGGCUCGGAAGUGUGCAAGGAGAUGACUAUGGGGAGUACACAGCCAGGUUGGGUUACUUUCCAAGUUCAAUUGUUCAGGAAGAACACUACUUAAUGCCUGGAAAAGUGGAGGUGAAAACAGAUCAAUGGGACUUCAUGUGCCACUGAUCCGCUCCCACCUCACGUGGUACUGUCUUGUGGAGCUUCAUGUUCUCGUGUAUCAUCAGCACAAUAGUAUCUGAGCGAUAAAACAAGAUCUCUUACUUAAACAUAUAUGGCUUACACAAUGCUAUGUAUAAUGUGUAUAUGUGUCAUCUUGCACUCAAAAAUAAAGCUUAUCCAU